CAGCACCUGCAAUUAGCUGCUUUGUUAAUGAGGCACAGCAGACUGGGACCUCACUGCAUCUGUCAUACAGCAUCAUGAACUUCCUGCUCUCCCGCAUCUCUGGCAAAGUCCAUUACCUGUUGCUGAUCAUCACCACCACCUCCACCAUCAUUCACUUCAACGCCCGCACCAGCAGCCCAAAGCAUCAGUUCCUGUCCCCCAACACCACCACCCAGCUGCUCCUCACAGCCACCCCUACCCCAAACGAGGGUAUAUGGACGGUCAACUCCAUUGGGCGCCUGGGGAACCAGAUGGGGGAGUAUGCCACCCUCUAUGCUCUGGCCAAAAUGAAUGGGCGCCAGGCCUGCAUCCUCCCAGAGAUGCACCAACAUCUGGCACCCCUUUUCCGCAUCACCCUGCCCGUGCUCCCUACAGACGUGGUCCAAAAGGUCCCGUGGAGGAACUAUUGGCUCCACGACUGGAUGUCAGAAGAGUACAGGCACAUCCCGGACAAGUAUGUGCGGCUCACAGGCUACCCAUGCUCCUGGACCUUCUACCACCACCUCCGGGAUGAGAUCCUACAGGAGUUCUCCUUUCAUGACCACGUGCGGGACGAGGCCAACCAGUAUCUAGCCAGGCUGCGUGGCCAGCGCCGCAAUGUGACCUACGUGGGCAUCCAUGUGCGCAGGGGGGACUACGUCCAUGUGAUGCCCCAAGUGUGGAAGGGGGUGGUGGCUGACAGGGCUUACCUAGAGAAGGCCAUGGGCUACUUCCGGGCCAAGUAUGAGGAGCCGGUCUUCGUGGUGACCAGCAAUGGGAUGGACUGGUGCCGGAAAAACAUCGAUGCUUCAAGGGGGGAUGUGCACUUCUCUGGGGACGGGAGGGAGUCAUCCCCAGGCAGGGAUUUCGCAUUGCUGGCCCAUUGCAACCACACAAUCAUGACCAUUGGGACCUUUGGCAUCUGGGCUGCCUACCUGGCCAGAGGGGAGACCAUCUACUUGGCCAACUACACCCUGCCUGACUCCCCAUUCCUCAAAAUCUUCAAGCCCUCAGCCGCCUUCCUGCCUGAGUGGAUCGGGAUCAAUGCAGAACUCUCCCCCCUGAUGAAGGGCCACUAGGACACACCUUAUAGACCUGGCAAGGCCAAGGGCACUGGCUGUUCUUGACAGGAUUUGGGGCUGGAGUGGCCUGCAUGGGUGGCCUGCAUGGGGUAGAGGAUGUUCCAUGUUAUCAGCCUCUUGGGAGCGCCCAUAGCAGCUUGCUCUCAGGCCUUGGGCACCCAAGGGUGAGGCUGGGCUAACAGGGACACAGGCCAAGUGAAGCAGACACAUGGGCUCUCAAAACCUGGGGAGAGAGAUGCCAGGGAAGGAACCAGCCACUACCCAAGAGGCUGGGUGAGGGCUCAGUCGCUCGUCUCCUGGUACUACAUAAACAAGGCAGAUGCCAGCACAAGAGUCUCCAGAGGCUUUCUGGCUGCUUGGAGAAGCUGGGGAAGGGUUUUUUUAGCUGUGAAGACCUGGUGAAACCCAACUUUGCCCCCACCAUGGGCUUCACAUGUGCCCCUGUGACAAGGGGUGGUGGUGGUGACAUGGGGUCCCAAUGGGCCAAGCUCUCGCCUCCAUUAGAUGGGAGCGAUCAGGGGUGUGGGGAGACCUUGUUCUACCCAUGCCAGAUCUGGGAAUCACCAUAGACAGUCUACUUAAAACAUCAACUCAGUGCUCUGCAGCUAUCAAAAAAGCAAACAAAAGGCUUGGGAUUAUUAAGGGGAUUGGAAAACAAAAUUGAAAGCAUCAUCAGGCCCCUUUAUAAAGCCACAUGCGUCCCACCUUAAAUAUUGUGCCCAGUUCUGGUCCCUGCACCUAAAAAACGAUCUAGAAGAGCUAGAGAAGGUCCAGAGAAGGGCAACAAGGAUGAUGGGUGGUAUGGAGGGGCUCCCAUCUGAGACAAGGCUAAAGAGGCCAAGCCUAUUUGGCUUAGAAAAAGAGAUGCUUGAGGAGGGAUAUGGGAAGAGUUUACAAGUUACUAAAUGGUGAAGAGAAAGUAAACAGAUUUGUUAUUUACUCAUCAGACAUGUCACAGAAUGAAGUUACUGGGCUGCAAGUUUAAAACUAGCACAGGGAAGUUCUUUUCCAAACUUUACUCAGGUUUGGAACUUAUUGCCACCAGAGGCUGUGGAAGCUGACAGCUCAGCCAGAAUCAAAAAAAGGACUGGACGAACCUGUGGAGGAAAGGGGAAGGGGUAGCUAUUGAGCACUGAAGUAAGGGGCACGACCUCUGAAUCAGAACCUCCUGGACCUGAAGUGCUGGAGGCUGCAAGCGAGAGGAAGUGGGAAAAACCCUGGUCAUGCCCUGGUCACCCUGUUUCAGCAUCUGCUCUCUGCCACUGUGCAACAGGAGACCUAGCACGAUGGAUCUAUGGUCUGACCCACUAAAUGGCAGCUCUUAUGUUCACCAAAGAGCUGGGUAAUAACCAAGGCCACACAGGCUCUUGAGACACCCCCAGGACAGAGGUUGGGGGCAGGUGUCUGUAUGCUCUGUGGAUGGAAGGCUUCAGUUCCAUAUCACUAAGGUGGGGUCCACAAUGCCCAGGACACAGGAGGAUCCUGGUUGAUUCACUCCCGGGACAGGAAGCCCAUCACAAG